UUAUAACUUUGGUUUUGACAGAGUAUAACAGUGUUCGUGGACGCCGCCGAUGUAAAUAAAAAAUUUUAUUCAGUUUUCCCCCGAAAAAAUACAAAUAAUAAGUGUUCUUGGACCGAUCAAAACAUAAAAACCUAAACUAGAAUACAAUGAGUGUUCUGAAGACAGCAUAAAUGUGAUUUUUUUGUCGUUGAAUAAGACGAUUUUUCUGUUCAUCGGAGAAGGCUUGGGAAAAUUUUUUUUUGCGGAUAUUGCAUUUUUGCAAUGGUUUUCUCAAAAUUUUCUAUUGGUAUUCCAUAGAGAUCAUAGUGAAGUUCAAGAAAGUUAUUAUAUUGCAAGAGCAGAAAACUCUGAACGUGCAUUACUUGGCAAUUACUCUGCUGGCGAGGGUAGUGUAGUAAGAGGAAAAGUCGAAAGAUUUAAGUGACCAUGCAGCUACCAGUAGCAAAAGUUGUUCUCGUGGAUUGUCGAGAGGAACUCAAAAAGUACAAUAUCAACAUCAAUGACUAUGUAAAGUCGACGGUAAAGGGAGAUGGUGGUCCGACAGGUACCUUUCCCUGCCGGGAAUGUAGUCUCGUGCUGCGGACUAAGCGAUUCCGCAUGAUACACGAGACACGUUAUCACUCAGCUAAUUCAACUCUGAUGCACCAUCAGUGCACAAAGUGUCAGAAAAGAUUCUACACGGUGGAGGAUCUGGAUGAGCAUUUUCUCGUCCGGCACAGCAAUCAGAAGUACCAGUGCGAGAUGUGUUCGUUCAAGUGUAAAUUCCGGGGACGUAUGCAACACCACCUGGAUACAAAGCACCGCAGCAGUGCUAAGAAGUAUCCAUGUGAGUACUGCGAGAAGAAAUUCUUCCUUCCGCAACUCCUCAAGUCCCACAUUGUCCGCCAUCACAAAAGUGAAAGUCAGAGCGCCAAGCAGAAGGCAUACACUUGUCGUCUCUGUAAUCACACCAUGAUACGACGAGACAAUAUCAUUGGGCACAUGCAGAGACACAAUGAUAUCACGGAUCACAAGUGUAGAUCCUGCGAUCUCCGUUUUCUCACUGUCAAGGACCUGGUGACUCACACAAAGGUCCAUAACACAGACACUGAGCAAAUUAGCUGCUGCUUCUGCGAUUUCCAGUCACCUAAUUCCCUAAAGAUGGACCGGCACAUUCAGGAAGUCCAUAUUGAUCCCAAGAAGGUGUUCUCCUGCAGCGAGUGCGGCAAGGAAUUUCACUCCAAGGGCAAUUUGCGGUAUCACGAAAAUAUCAAGCAUCGUCUCAAUCAGAAACAAGACGAAUUGGAAUUUGACGAUAUUUUCAAAGGGACAACACUUGAUUCGGAUGAGGAUGAUAAACCAGGCACUUCGAAUAGUCAUAUGAGUGAUGAAUCGUUGGAGGAGUUGCAGAAGCAAAUCAAUUCAAUUAAUGUCAAUGAAGGGGAAAAGGAUCACGAAGAGCUGAGUAAUUUUAUGCCAAUAAAUGGUGACAGUGAAAUAGAAGAGGAUACACCGGUUGUGAUAUCAAUAGCCGAAGCUGAAAAGCUUCUUUCGAUUCCCGAAAAAGUUCCUCCAGUGGACAUACAGCAAAAUAUAGAAGAUGAAGUACCACCUGAAGACAAUGAAGAACAGAAAGAGGAACCAAAAGAAGAAGAACCAAAGCAGGAAGAGAAACAGGAAAAACCACCUCCAACGAGUUCCCGAAGGACACUAUCGCUAGCAGAUCGUACAUGUCCUUUGUGUUUGGUUGUGAUGGGCAGGAAGCGUGAGAUGUUGAGCCAUUAUGCUCGUCACGAUGAGAAAAGAGAUCAUCGAUGUAAUUUUUGUCCGCUACGCUUCUUAGCACGAACACGUCUCAGUGAGCAUGAAUUGAUUCAUAAGCGCAAACCUGGAGCAAUGUCGAAGAUGUACAAGUGCUCCAUGUGCACCUACACAACAAAGUCUCGUUUCUACAUGAGAUCUCACAGCAAGAAUAUUCAUAAAGUACAACCUGAAACGCCUACACCUAUGGUCACUGAUGGUUACGAAAACUCCAAUGGUAAUGCCGAAAAAGUUGAUGAUAAGAAAACAUUUAAAUGUGAGAUUUGUGGAAAAGUGUUGAAAACUGAGUACACACUGAAAACUCACUGGAACAUCCAUAAGAGUAACUUUAAAUGUCUAACCUGCAAUAAAUGUUUUUCCGUUAAGGAGCGUCUUGAAAAACACGUUGAAAAGCAUGAUGAAAGCAAAGAUUUACAGUGCACCUUCUGUCCACUGAGAUUUCUCACUGGAGCUGAGAUGGAGUUACAUAUGGGAUUGGAGCAUGAACAGGCGAAUGUUAAAGUGAUAAUGUGUCCCUAUUGUCCGUACAAAACUUCAAUAAUGCGUGCAAUGAAUCUUCGUUGCCACUUAAAGAAUGUUCAUAAAUUGCCGAAUCCUUUUCAAAUUAUUCGUGAGCUUAAAUUUGGUACGAUGAAUGAAGAGGAACGGAAGCUUGUUUGUAAAAUUUGUCAUAUGAAGUUACCCACGGAGAGUGCUCUGAAGAUGCAUCAGGACAAGAAGCAUGGAAAGAAGAAGAUUCUGAUAAAAGAGAAGAAGAUUCCGAUAAAAGAGAAGAAUAUUCCGAUAAAAGAGAAGAUUCCAAUAAAAGAGAAGAAGAUUGUGGAAAGUGUAAAGGAAAAACCGGUAGAAGUGCAUAAGAAUGAGACAACGACUGAAGUAGCAACAUCGACACAGCCCACGAGUAUUCUGGAUUGCUUCUUUGAAUGUGAUCUCUGUGAGAUCUUUUUGGAGAGUAUUAAUACCAUGCGGGAGCAUUUUGUGGUGCAACACAAUAAUCUUAAGCCAUAUAAGUGUGAAAUUUGUGAAAAUCGCUUUCCCACUUGGCCAAUUUUGAGGCGUCAUCAAAAAUUAUCCCAUAAGUCUGUUGGAACAUUCAUUCCUGAACGUAUUAUUAUACAGCAACAGCGCAAGAGACGUAGAACUCCAUCUACAUCAUCAUCCAGUUCAUCAUCUUCUGGCAGUUCAACGUCAUCCAGUUCCUCCUCAAAUAGCUCUUCAUCAUCCAGUAGCACCUUGACAAAUGCCUCUCAUCAUCGGCAUACGGGAGAGUCUGAUGUGUCCGUCCCCAAAGCUGUUGUCCGGACUCCAAUGCGUGGCAAGUCUCUGCCGCCGUCUCUACCAAAAAAGACCGUUAGUCUCAAGGUCAUGACCUUGACUAAUAAGAUCAGCGACCAUGAGUAUCAAUGUGACAUUUGCAGACAGAUCUUUGACAAUGAGGAAGCCUUUAAGUCGCACUUCCAGUACCAUAAUCAUCUAAAUCCAUUCAAGUGCGAGCUUUGUUCAAAGAGAUUUGAGACAUGGGUGUCACUUAGAAGGCAUCAAGGCAUCAUGCAUAAAGGUUACCGAAAUAACUGUCUGUAGGUAGGUAGUUUCAAAGAAAGUGUGGAAAAUAAACUCAAAAAUGUAGAAAUUAUUAUUUUGAAGAAAACAAAAAAAAGUCAUUAAAUAAUAAGUAGAGAUUCUCGAAAUUUUUGCAAAGGUAUUAUUGCCUCUGCAAUAAGAAAAUAACAGAUGUUACGCUGAAUUGUGUUGUAAACGAUCGUUUCAAACAUUAUACCAGAAAAUUUAAACAAUCUGAAGAAAAGCUCGAUGAUCGCAUUUAUCUUUUCUGCGACAUUUUCUCACUGGUAGUCCCUGCAGUGAUGAUCAAUCUAGAGCACGCGUAACCAUUUAUAAAUGGCCCUUUCAUAUCAUAACAAAUUAAAAAUUUUAAAUUACAAAUUUUUUUAGAUGAUACUAGGGUAAGAUGGGGUAAUUCAGAAUUAUGUCUAAUUUCGAAUUUUAAGAUUUUCUCAUUGUUUCAGAUGGUCAAAGAAAAAAAAAGAAAACCACGAAGAAGUACAAGACUUUGCAUUCGAGAGUACUUCUUCGUUGUUUUUCUCCCUUUUGUUAUCUAAAACUGUUUGGAAGUCUCAACGUUCCAAAUAUGAUUCCGAAUUACUCCGUAUUACCCUAUAUGAAAUUCAAUUAAUUACAGAAAAUUAAAGAGUUUUGUUUCAAAAUGAAAUUUUAAGGGUAUCGUUUUUUAGAGUAUAAAUAAAAAUAUUCCACAAAGCAUGAUUUUAAAGAAAAAAAGAACACUAAAAAUUCCGGCAUCCCAGGAUACCGAAUACCGGAAUUCGAAGAUCGUAGAUUUUCAGAAUUCCGAAAUUCAGAAUUAGUGUUUAAUUCCCGGGAUAUUGAGUUUAAAAAAAAUCCCAGGAUUUAGAAAACAUUAGAAACAACUUACUUUGUAAGCUUCAAAUAGCUAUCCUACAUUGUUUGACAAUGUAAGUGGUAAAGUAAAAACAUUUUUUUUUAUAUCAGUGUUUAAACAAGAGAUUUAUAAGAUAUGAUAAAUCUGUUUGAUUCUCCAACGGUGUCUUGGCUAAAAAUUAAGUGGAACUGUCUCUUUAACGAAAUGUCUUCGAUAUUCGAAAGACUCAAACUAAUUUCGAAUUUUCAAAUAAAACAUUCGCACAAGAUGUGAAAACUUCAUUAGACAUCACUAGAGCUGGCCGAAAUAUGUAUUUGCAUGUUUUUAUUAACCCUCUAACGGGUAAGACCGCCUCCAGGCGGUCUUCACAAAAAUCACAUUUACAGCGACAAUAAAGGUUUUAUUUAUUUAAAAGUGCUAUAGUG